AUGUCUUGGAAGCGCUUCAGACAGAUCACAGGCAAAGAUGAAGUAGAGAAGGACGGAGAGUGGAUGAUUUCUACUUCAGAGAAAUCUGGUGAAUGUGGGAAAACUUCCAUUCAGGUGUCACACCUCAGUCAACAGAGAAAUAAUAGUGAGGGCGGCCCCUUUGCCUGUAAGAUAUGUGGAAUCUUCAAUCAAAAAUCAAGUCUCACUGAACAUGAGCAUUUUCAUAACAGAGAGAAACCCUUUGAAUGUAAUGAAUUUGGAAAAGCCUCCAGCCAAAAGCAGUAUGUCAUUAAACAUCAAAACUCUCACACUGGAGAGAAGCUUUUUGCAUGUAAUGAGUGUGGAAAAUCCUUCAGCCAGAAGGAAAAUCUUACACAUCAGAAAAUCCACACCAGAGAGAAACCUUUUCAGUGUAAGGAUUGUGGGAAAGCAUUCAUUCAGAAGUCAAACCUCAUCAGACACCAGAGAACUCACACAGGAGAGCCCUUUGUUUAUAAGGAGUGUGGAAAAACCUUUAGUGGCGAAGCCAACCUUACUGAGAAUGAGAAGAUUCAUAUUGGAGAGAAACUAUUUAAAUACAAUGAAUGUGGAACAGUUUUUGGCCAGAAGAAGUACCUCAUAAAACAUCAUAACAUUCACAUGGGUGAGAAGCCCUAUGAGUGUAAUGAAUGUGGAAAAGCCUUUUCUCAACGAACGCCACAUAUUAUACACGUGAGAGUUCAUUCAGGGGAUAAGCCUUAUGAAUGCAAUGUGUGUGGAAAAGCUUUCUCUCAGAAUUCUUCUAUCACUGUUCACGUGAGAAGCCGUACAGGUGAGAAACCUUAUGGAUGUAAUAAGUGUACAAAAGCUUUCUCACAGUUUUCAAACCUGGCUCUACAUUUAAGAAUGCACACCUGUAAGAAACAAAAUCAUUGUAGUGAGUGUGGGAAAGCUUUCAGCCAGAAGUCACACCAAAUCAGACACCAGAAAAUUCAUAUUCACUAA